AUGGACGGAGAACGGAGAAAAGAAGAGUUAGCAAAGAAAAGGCAAAAGCUUGCUGAGCUUAGGCGUGCAAGAGAGGAACGCAAGCAAGUCUUUAGCAAUAAUCAAGCAUCAACAGCAACUGAACCGAUUAAGGCCACAGAUUUGGAAAGGGAUCGUAAGGAUAAAGAAAUCGAUUUAGAUAUUCUUGUUAAAUCGUUAUUAGCUGAUAAAGCUGCUGGACGUCCCGGAACUCCGUCGAAUGCAGAAGAUUCUGAUAGUUCUGAUAAAGGCCGAGCUGAAAAAGGAAGAAACUUUUCUAUUUCUAUGCACUCACAUUAUUCACCAUCUCCAAGUACUUCGGUUCCUCCAAGCCCUCAAAUACCAACACUAAGUGCUCGUUAUAUUCCCGAUUUCUCAUCGUUCGAUGCUGUUAUAUUAGAUAUUGCUCCUAAGGAAAUAGUUUUAUAUAGUAAAGAAGUGCAGACUUCUGAAAACUCUUUUGGUCCACCGCCACGUUCAGAGGAGGAAAUUCGUACAGAUAUUUUAAAAGAAUUUGAAGAAAAAGAAAGACUUGAACGACUUGCCCAGGAAGAAGAACGGGCGAGAUUAGAAGCCAAAAAGAAAGAAAAUCAAAGAGUCAAACAGAUAAACGAUGAUGAAAAGAAGAGAAUUAUUAAUUCAGCUGAAUUUGCUGAAUUUGUUGACCAUACUACCAAAAUCGUUGAGAGAGCUCUUAAUGAAAAUUAUGACUUUAUGAAAGAUUAUAGUGUUAGUAAAGAUGUAGAAAGUGAUGAAAAGACAGGGGCUCGUGUCAAAUAUAUGUGCUCAUUUUUUGAUGACAGAUGGAGUAAAAAUCGAUCAGUUACUGAUGUUAAUUGGUCGAAAAAAAAUCCUGAACUUGUGGUUGCUUCAUAUAAUAAAAAUCCAAUCGCAAUGAAUGAACCGGAUGGAGUUGUUUUAGUGUGGAGUUUACGAUUACUUGAACGUCCAGAAUUCAUUUUCCAUUCACAGUCGGAUGUACUUACUGUUGCAUUCUCAGAUUUUCAUCCAAAAUAUGUUAUUGGUGGCACUUAUUCUGGACAAAUAGUGCUAUGGGAUAUGAGAGCAAAAUCUUUACCUGUUGUCAGAACUCCUCUUUCUGCCAAUGGACAUACCCAUCCUGUUUAUUCUAUGCAAAUGGUGGGUACUCAAAAUGCUCACAAUCUCAUCACUGCAAGUACGGACGGAUUAGUAUGUUCUUGGGAAUUAGACAAAUUACUCGAACCUCAGGAACAUUUAGAAUUGGUACAUUCUGGACAUAACAAAACUGAUGAGGUUUCAGUUACUGCCCUUGGAUUCCCAGAUAAUGAAACUGCUGCUUUCUGGGCUGGAACGGAAGAAGGUAUUGUUUAUCAAGCCAAUCGAUAUGGUGGUGCUAGGGGCAAAGCUGGCAUUAAUCAAUACGAUUCUUACAGAGGUCAUUGGGGUCCAAUUACUGGUCUUCACUUUCAUCCUCUUUUUGGUCCAUUAGACUUUUCUGACUUGUUUUUGACAUCUUCUGUUGAUUGGACUGUGAAAUUAUGGAGAGCAAAAUCUGUAUCAAAACCAUCAACAGCUCCGACAGUCAUUGCUCCAUUACAUUCCUUUGAAGGAUCAGACGAUUAUGUUUAUGAUGUUAAAUGGUCACCUUGUCACCCAGCGUUGUUUGGCUCAGUUGAUGGUACAGGAAAAUUCUCUGUAUGGAACUUGAAUGUUGAUACUGAGCCUAUUGUAAAUACUCAAGUUGGUCAAGGCAAAGCAUUGAAUAAGAUUCAAUGGGAUAAAGAAGGAAGAAGGACAGCAAUUGGAUCUUCUGAUGGGCGUGUUCAUAUUUAUGAUAUAGGAGAGUUAUGCAUCCCGAGAGAAAAUGAAUGGGCUCUUUUACAAAAAUCUGUUUCUGAAUUAAUUAAUACCACUGAAAGUCAUAGCGGAAGAUAUGCACUUGCAAAAUAA